AGAUCGCGAUCCGUUUAGGGUCUGAUCUCAGAUCUCGAUUAUUAACUAUGGUAAUGAAUAAUUGCUCUUCGUCCAGGUAGGAGGUAAUAAUUUAUCUUGUAUCGCUACUGGUGCUAGUUACUUCUUAGCAUAAACUCAUUAGUCGUCUGUCUUGCUUAUUCUGCGUUGUCUAUCAUAACUGGAUCUCUCAAUUCGAUCCGAUCCGAUUCAUAUCUGCCAUGCGAUCAUUAAGCGACCGGUCUAGGCGCUCCUCUUGAUGUUCAACAGAAGAAAGAUAAAAUGGAAUCCAUAUCGAAAUCGAAAUCGAAGCUGCUGUCGAACACGCGCUCCCCGUCUCCUCGUGAAGAUAAGCCCAAGGCGGCGCUCCAGUUCGCGCGCCAGGCAGAGAAGCUUGCAGUCCGACAUGGCAGCGAUGAUGACCUGCAUGCGACGGCUGCUGUCGAAGGUAAAUUCGUCACGCCCCAUGAUGCGGUGAUUGAGACAGCCGAAGGGGGCCGAUUACCAUCGGUGCCAUUGAAGGAAGCGGAGCGGUUGAAUGAAUUGAGAGAAAGGGUCGAUACUGGCCGGCAGAGGGACUCUGGUUCGGCUGCAUCAUCUUCAUCGUCCUCGUCCCCGUCGCCGCCCCGGGAAGCAAGGGUGUUGUCAACGCGAACAUCGUCGUCUACUUUACUGGCCGAGAAGCGAAACGCGGCAAACAGUCGACCGGGGGAGUCGCAGGGACGGCUUGAUACAUGUACUCCGCCGUCGCAUACGCAUCCUCUCUUCCCUCCACUGCCAAUUUAUGGUCCGCCGUCGUUUCUGCGCAAUCUCCAGUGUCAGUCCUUUCGCGUCAUCUCGUUCUUUUUGUCAUUAUCGUUUCUGGGGGCCAUUGUGCUAGGGUCGUUGCUGAGCAGUAUCCCGACUGGAAUCAGGCAUACUUGGAUGCGAUUGAGGGGCCGGAAUCCGGAUGAGGAGCGGAAGUUCUAUCCGGAGGAGAUCCAGAGGGAGCGGGCGAGAAAGGAGGCUGCAGAGCGAUGGGAGCGGAGGCUGCGACAGAAGAAGAGUGAGGAUGAUAUGGAGACGGGCGAGGAGGAUUAUCCACCAUUGGAAGGAGGGAAGGAUCCGCUGAUCAGCGACCUCGCGUACUAUGCGAGAAGAGUCGGGCUAGAUGCGGAGAAGUUCAAGGUGCAGACGGAAGAUGGGUUCCUCAUUAACCUGUGGCAUCUUUACGAUCCGAAAGAGUAUACGCCCCUACCAGAAGAAGAGAGACAACAUCGCGGCCCAGACGUCUUUCAGGAACAGAAUAAAAAAGGAAAACACACCCCGAGGAACUCUUCGAACCGACGAUACCCUGUUCUUCUCAUCCCCGGUCUCCUCCAACAAGCGGGUACGUACUGCGCGAACGACGAUGACAGUUUGUCUUUUUUCCUUUGCAAGGCGGGAUAUGAUGUGUGGCUAGGCGACAAUCGCUGUGGAUUUGAACCGGUGCACACGAUGUUAACUUACGCCGAUCCCCGAAUGUGGGCCUGGAACAUCCGUCAGAUGGGAGUGCUCGACUUGCCUGCGUUGAUAUCGCGCGUUCUGUACCAGACGGGCUUCGACAAGCUUGGGUUGAUCUGUCACUCUCAGGGGACAACAGAGACUCUGGUGGCACUGGCGCGGGACCAGCGACCUGAGAUCGGUCAGCAUAUCUCUGUCUUCUGCGCUCUCGCUCCAGCAGCAUAUGCUGGGCCAUUGAUCAAGAAAAUGUACUUCCGCUUCAUGAGGAUCAUCAGCCCUUCAAUGUUCCGCAUCUUUUUUGGAAUCCACGCGUUCAUUCCCUUCAUGAUGACCAUCCAUUCAGUCCUCCAUCCCCGCAUCUACGGCGCCCUGGGGUACAGGGUUUUCUCUUAUCUCUUCAGCUGGACUGAUGACCGCUGGGACCGUGGCCUGCGCGAUCGCAUGUUCCAGUUCUCACCGGUCUAUGUCAGCGCGGAGAGUAUGCGGUGGUGGCUCGGCCGGGACUGCUUCGCGAAGCAGAAAUGUAUCCUUGCGACGAGGGAAGACGCAAUUCGCGAAGACCUCGAGGAUGACAGGUACGCAAACGGUCUCUGUGACGGCGACAGACGUGCCGAUGGGGCCUGGUACGGGCCUGGAGUGCCCCCGUUCGCUCUCUGGAUCGCAGGAUCCGAUGAUCUUGUGGAUGGACGUCGUCUGCUACGACGUUUUCGAAACGGUCGGGAGCCACACGUUGACGUUGUCCAUGCCAAGAUUAUCGACGAGUACGAGCAUCUAGAUGUUGUCUGGGCGCUGGAUAUGAUCGAACAGGUGGGGAAGGAGGUCAGAGAUGUUCUAUGGAAAACGGUACCAGAAGACGUAAAAGCGAGCUGCCGCAUUCCGAGAGGCGUUCAGCCGAUGAUAUGAUACCCCGUUAUCUGCGCAUUUGUAUAUAGACAUGUUUGGCAUAGCUGUGUACUUUUGGAUAUGAUUUGUAUUAUGGCAUGGCAUGACUCCUUGUCAUUAGAUUGUAUGGCUGCAUUAAUGAGAAUAUGUAUCACAGUGAAAAUCGAGUCGAUUCAAC